UUAUUUUUAUACACCAAAAUCACAAUCAUUCGUUCCCAAGUCUUCUCUUUCAAAAAACACCCCCAACAACAACAAACAAUAAAAAACCCUAAUUCCUUUUCCCCCAAAUAUUCUUUCUACUGAUCAGAUCCUCAAUUCAGCUUCCUCAGCAGCUCUGAUCUUCUCAGGUGAUUACUAUAUUUGUCUGUAUGACUAGGUGAUGAAGAGUAGUAGCUCUCCUGAGAAGGUUGGGUCACUUGAUAAAAUUCCUGAUACCACAACUCUAGUUGAUUCCUCUCCUUGUACAGAUUCAACACCGUCUAUUAGUUUAAAACAACACAUAGAAUCUGUUAGUACAGAACAAGUUUUACCGUCUGUUGGUGCAGGACAAGGGUCAGCGUUGGCUAGUGCAGAACAAGAGUCAACUUCUGUUAGUGUACAGCAAGAUUCAACGUCCAUUAGUGCAGAACAAGAGUCAGCAUCUGUUAGUGCAGAACAAGAGUCCACGUCUGUUAGUCAAGAGUCAACAUCUGUUAGUGCAGAACAAGAAGUUAGUGAUACUACCAAGUCUGUGAAGGGUUCUUUGUGGUCUAGCUUCUUUCCGUCUAGUUUCUCGGUGUUUGAAGCAUACAGUGACGCAUCUCAGCCUGGAAAGAAUUCAACUGAUGUUAAAAGUGCCAACGGGUGGGCAACAACUAUGAAGAGAAUUGUGUCUGGUAGUUCAAUGAGGGCACUCCGAGAGCGGUUAAUCGGGCCUAGCAAUACUGGUGUUUCUAGCUCAACUAGUGAGAUAUGGUUUCUAGGCGUUUGUUAUAAAAUUUCACCUGAAGAUUUGUCUAGUGACUCAACUCAUGGUAACGGGUUAGUUGAAUUCGUAGAUGAUUUCUCGUCAAGAAUUUGGAUGACAUAUCGGAAAGGUUUUAGCGCAAUUGGUGAUUCAAAGCUUACAAGUGAUGUCCAUUGGGGUUGUAUGCAUAGAAGCAGUCAAAUGCUUGUUGCUCAGGCACUGCUAUUUCAUCACCUAGGGAGAUCCUGGAGAAAACCCUUCGAAAAGCCAUACGACCCGGUGUAUAUUAAGAUAUUAGACCAAUUUGGUGAUUCAGACUCGUCUGCUUUUUCAAUACAUAAUCUUAUUCAAGCAGGAAAAGCAUAUGGCCUUGCUGCUGGCUCGUGGGUGGGACCAUAUGCCAUGUGUCGCUCAUGGGAAACUCUUGCACGCUUGAACAGAGAGCAUGCUGACCCUGAGAAGGAACAUACAUCAUUGCCAAUGGCUGUACAUAUUGUUUCUGGUGAUGAAGAUGGGGAACGAGGUGGAGCUCCAGUCCUGUGUAUUGAAGAUGCUGCUAGACGUUGCUCGGAGUUUGGGAAUGGUCAAGCUGAUUGGUCUCCUAUUCUUCUACUGGUUCCGUUGGUUCUUGGACUUGAGAAAGUUAAUACCAGGUAUAUUCCAUCAUUACGGGCAACAUUUACAUUUCCCCAAAGCCUGGGAAUUUUAGGUGGGAAACCUGGGGCGUCAACUUAUAUUGUUGGAGUUCAGGAUGAUAAAGCUUUCUAUCUUGAUCCACAUGAAGUUCAACAGGUGGCUGAACUCCGGAAAGAGAAUCUUGAGGCUGAUACUACAUCAUACCACUGCAGUGUUGUUCGAAACCUUCCCCUCGACAUGAUCGAUCCAUCCUUGGCGAUUGGAUUUUACUGCCGUGACAAAGAUGAUUUCGAUGAUUUCUGCGCUCGAGCUUCAAAGUUAGCAGAGGAAUCUAGUGGUGCACCGUUGUUCACCAUAACAGAGUCACGCAGUCUGCCAAGGGAAGUCCAAAACAGAGAUGUAGCGGGUGAACAUGGAGAAGAUGGCGAUAACCUAGAUAUGGAGUCGAGGAUGGGUGAUUUAGAGGAUCAUCCGCAAGGGGAUGAGUGGCAGCUUCUCUGAUAAUGACAGAUGGAACGAACAUGGGAUGAAGUUUGCUUUUAGCUUGUCUGUUGGUACCACCAUGCCAUGGGCCACAGUUAUGGAUCUUAAAUUCAGGAUACAUUUUCUGUCAUUUUAUUUCCCUCAUCUGAUUUGAUCACCUCACAUUGUACAUUACAACUUCCUCUCUCAUUUACAAAAUAUGACAGCACCAUGUAAGAUAGAUUUUAAGGGCUGUCCAUUCUUUAAAUACCAACCAUUGUUCAUUUCCUCGCUUGUUUCUACCUGGAUUUCUUGAUUUC